GUCAACUGUGUCUGAGUACAUACGCUUGUUUUUGACUUGCCGACGAAAUUCUAGGAGUUUUUGCGCAUUUCAACAUUCGUCGAUAAAAUUAUCUUCAAUUUGUGAAUGGUUAUGGUCCACGAGCAAAGCAAAAUGCCCGAAGCCAGUGAAAACAAAUCCCAGAGCGAGGAAGCUUCGAAAGACAAAGAGCCCACAAACGGCGACGUUUACUACGUGACUCGAGCCGACGGAAAUGUUCACCCAGCACAGAUAAUUCAGUCGCGAGUGAGCGAAUUCUCCAGCGAAUAUUAUGUGCAUUAUGUCGGCCUGAACCGGCGCCUGGAUGAAUGGGUACCGCAGGAGCGCUUGACAAACGUCGUUGUAGGUGAAAAUGGGAUCGUAGAGACGGAAAGCCAGUCGAGUGCCAACACCAAGACCCUGAAGCAGCUCAGCAAGGAGCAACUAGCUUCGCUAGAAAACCCAUCUCCCGUCGAGAACUCCGAUCGGAAGCUAACUCGCAACCAGAAGCGACGUCACGAUGAGAUCAAUCACGUCCAGAAAACUUACGCGGAAAUGGACCCCACGACGGCCGCUCUGGAAAAGGAGCACGAAUUAAUUACGAAAGUGAAAUACAUAGAUAAGUUACGCAUAGGAAAAUUCGAAAUCGACACCUGGUACUUCUCGCCUUAUCCGGACGAAUACGGGAAAGUGGGGACGCUCUACGUUUGCGAGUACUGCCUGAAGUACAUGAAGUUCGACAAAACGUAUCGUUACCACGCUACCGAAUGCGUCCAAAGGACCCCGCCCGGGACGGAAAUAUAUCGAAAAGGGACGAUUUCGGUGUUCGAGAUAGACGGGAAGGACCACAAGAUCUACUGCCAGACGCUGUGCCUGAUGGCGAAGCUGUUUCUCGAUCACAAAACUCUCUACUACGACGUGCAGCCGUUUUUCUUCUACGUCCUGUGCGAAAUAGACAAGAAAGGAGCUCACAUCGUUGGGUACUUUUCGAAAGAAAAAGAAUCUCCGGACAACAACAAUGUCGCCUGCAUUCUAGUCUUACCCCCGUAUCAGCGCAAGGGCUACGGGAAAUUCCUGAUUGCAUUCAGUUACGAGUUGUCGCGGCGGGAAGGGAUCAUCGGGAGCCCGGAGAAGCCACUCUCGGACUUGGGCCGUCUCAGCUAUCGCAGCUUCUGGGCUUACACCCUCCUGGAACUGAUGAAAGAGUGUCGCACCACGACACAGUCGAUAAAGGAGCUCAGCGAGCUGAGUGGGAUCACCCAGGAGGAUAUUAUCUACACCUUGCAGUCGAUGAAGAUGGUCAAGUACUGGAAGGGACAACAUGUGAUAUGCGUGACGCCAAAGACGGUGGCCGAGCACCUGCAGAUGCCGCACUUCAAAAAACCCAAAUUGACCGUGGACCCACAGUUUCUGCGGUGGAACCCUCAGAAGCGGGCGAAUAAUGCAAAGUUCAAAAAAUUAAGUUAAUUGAGGAGAGUGAAUGUGAAAGUUUGUGAUGAUGUUCUAAAUGUUAAAUGAAAGUAUUACGAACGCUUAAUAAUAAAAUUAUUUGAAUAGGACCCUAGAA